UCCUGUGCUGCUCCUCCCGCUGUGGACACAGAGUCACCAAUGCGCUCUGAAGAGGAGAGGAGUGACCAAAACCACCUCAUCACCAACAAGGAGAGUGCCUCCGUUCAAAUUGAGGGAGAGGGGUCUGGCAAAGAGAAACUCCUGGAGCCUGGAGCUUUAAGCACUCAGAGUGAGACCUUGUGUUCGGACUCCUUGGUCCAGAGCGUCCCUCUGGUGAGGCGGAGCCGGUUCCCCAAACCCAGACCCAACCUGGGCCGGUCGACCCGUGCACCCCACACCACUCCGUCCCAGAACCCCGCAACCCCCAAACCAGUCGAUGACCGCAGUUCCACCCCUCUGGAGGGGUCCAGCACUCUGACACCCGUUCAGGAGUCUCCGACCUGCAGCAGUUCUGACCUGAGUGCUGAGGUCAUUGAUCAGAAGGCUCUGACCGAAGGCUCAUCCGAAACCCAGAACACUGAGGAAGAGAGACCCACAGUUGAAACGGGAGCUGCCAGCAGCAGUUUUAUUGCCCCCCUGGGCCCCUCUCAGCCCUGCCCUGGGCCCUCUUUCACAGACCCGGUCCCUGGGACAGGAGGGGAGGAAACUGCAGAGGGGGCCCCGGCCAGCACGGGCGUGCCUGAGAACGAGCUGGUUUUGGCGGACGAGGAUGCUUCAUCAUCGGCGGACGAGUCCCGCCAGGCUGCUGGAAUCGAAGCCCCAGGCGUCUGUUUCGAUGGCGACGCAAGUGCUUUCAUCACCAAGGAGUGCAUGGAAGGACUCUCUUGGGCGGAUGGUGGCGAGGAGGAGCCCACGUUCAUCCUGACGCUGUUCGCUGUCCCUCCCCUGGAGAUAGGAGACUACCAGACCGGGCAAGAGGCGCUAGGUCUGGCCGCGGAGAACCCCUUCUCCCCGCCAACGUCUAUGAUCGCGGAUCCCCAAUCCGGACCACCGGCGGCGAUAUCAGAGCCACACUGUGAGUCUCUGUCAGUGGAAACUGCAGAGGCGGGGUCAGGGUGUGGCUCAGUCACUCACCUGGUCCUGAGCGACGCCCUCAUACCUGCCUGUGAAGAGCAGGAAGAGGGACCAGCGCAGCACUGGACUGGCCUGCAAGAACAGCGCCCCCACACUGCCCCCUCCCAAACUGCAGGAGAGAAGUCCCUCACUGCUGUCAUGAACAACGAUGCAGAGGGUCUCACAGAAUUAUGUGAGGAAGACCACAGCAGUCAGACUGUGGACCCAGCAGUAGAGUCACAUGACACAGCAGUAGAGUCACAUGACCCAGUGGAGGCUGGGACAGACGGGACAAGUGAGAGGGACACCCCGUCCCAAGAGAAAAGGAAACCACCUGUCAGGACCAGGAGGGGUAAGCUGCAGGUGAAGCCGCACGUUACUCAGAGGAAGCUCAGAAGCUCUGUGAGAGAUGAGCAGGGCCUCCUUCCUGAGGAAGCAGAGAAGCCUGGCCCCUCCCACUCACAGCCAGACCCCGCCCUCACCUCCCCACAGACCCUCUCACCCACAACGCCACUCCCUGACACCCAGCAGGAGGAUUCUGCUGCAGCCUCUGAGCUGCCUGCUGCUGUGGAGCUGCCGCAGGGGACUGUGGGCCACUCAGACCUCCCACAGCAGGAAGAGGGCGUGGCAGCUGGAGCAGAAGACAAGGAGAGCUGCGAUGGAGAGGAAGGGCACAGCACAACUCAAUCCACAAGCGCCACACUUACAAGGUCUGGACGAGCGCCCAGGGGCUUCCUCUCCUUUCUCUCCGGCGGCAGUGGAGCCGGCCCGGCUUCCCGCCCCGUCAGGCACGUAUCCCAGAAGCCCUCAGUGAAUACCUCAUGCACAGGGAGGAGGAGGACUACCGCAGACGCCGUCACGGAAGCAUCCGCAAACAACUCCCCCAGCAGCUCGUCCCCCACCAAAGUCAGCGAGAGCACCUCCUUCAGUGGGCCCUCUGCUGAGCCAACUAACUCUCAGGUCUCAGUGCCUGCCGAGGGCGAGUUCCUCUGUGCAAGACCUUCGGCGGCCGAAGAAGAGCCGACCAAGGUGUCGGAGUUCUACUUCCAGGACAUCUUCACAGAGGUCCUGGAGUCGGACUGAGACUAUCACUCCACUACACAGGAUCUACGCUGGCCCCGUCCCCCCCUUUUCCCCUGUCUGCCACAAAUAAUGUGUUGCACAUUUCAAACCUGCAUUUAUAUAUUUAUUUAUUUACGUGUUUUUUUUUUUUUUUUUUUUUUUUUUUUAAACAUUGCAAGGGAUUGUUCUGAAGUGAUAUGAAUGUGUACGGACCUCAUGUUCAGAUGUCCAGCUACUGUUAAUUUGUUGUGUGUAGAAGCUCUCAGAUAGAAGCUCUCAGGUGUUGUGUGUGUACUCUGAGAAUGUGAACAGUGGUAUACUGUGUGACGGCAUUAUUCCCAGCAAUGGCACAUUAUGAAACUUCAGUUUAAGUCUUUUCAUUUUAAUAGUCAGUCAGUUUUAAUUAUCAGGUUGAUAGUUCAGUAACUGAUAGACAUGAUUAUCUGCUCCUUUCAUAGCAGUUUUGAAGUUCUCAUGAAGAUGGGCCAUUUAUUUUUGUUUCAUGUUUUUUUUAAAAUCAUAAGUAAAGCAUAAAGCACUUGGAAUAUAAUACACAAGCCACAGUCUUACAAGCCAAAAAUACUUAAUGACAGGGAGACAUAAGGACCUUUACUUUAUGUGGAAGGAGGUGUGUGUGUGUGUUUUUUUUCUUUCUUUCUGGGGCAGUACACAAACAGUGGAAUGAAACGCAAAAGGCUACACUACAACAGAAUCUUCAAAUAUCAAUCAGACCUGUUACUUUACAAUUAGUAAAAAGCUGUUUCAGGUAAUCCACAAUACCACGGGUAGGUUUUCAUCCUUAAAAAUGUCAAAUGGCCUAAAAUGUGUUUUCUGGAAUGGAGUAUUGAAUGGCAGUAUUGAAGAUCUGAAGAUCUUGCAUAAACUAUAUGAGUGUGCUUUCUUCAAAUUAGCUUUUUGUUUGUGUGUGGCGCUUUAUUAAGAAUGUUAUGUUUAUGCUGACUGAAAACACUUUGUCUCAACUGAUACAGAAGCAGAAUCCGAUGACUUGAAAUAACCUGUUCUUGCAAUUGAGCUGACCUUUUGCAUUUACAGUGUAAAUGAGUGUAAAUGUUAUAAUACUAUUACUGGAUCUUGACAGGGAUCAUUAAUGUAUUCAGAUCAGAGUUGUUUGUUUUGCUAUUGAGUAUUGCGAAAAAUAGAUAGAUUAUUUAUUUUUUUGGAUGCUUCUAUGGCAAUGAUACUGAGACACGUCUGCCUUAAUUUAUUGCUCUCAGCAUAUUUGUCACUUUAUAAAGAGGUUUAAAGGGCCUCUUAGUGUCUUCCUGUUCAAAAUGGUGCCACUCCUUAGCGUUUACAUGAUUCUUUGUUGGAAGUGACUAUAAGCUCAGGGUUAUAAUUUCAUGACUGUUUACCAUUGAUUAUACAUGCAUUGGAGGAAUGGUUCCUUUUGUGUCUUUUUCUCUUAAGUAUUCUUGUUAGUGAAAUUGACAUAACUCCCACUAUUUUCUUUGCAUCAAAGUUUGUUUACAUGGUCCAGUUAUGUGGUUUGAAAAUUGAUGCUCAGGAAAUAAAGAACGUUACAAGGUAAUAGUGUUUGUUUUGGAAGUAAAUUUCCAGUUUUCCCUUGCAUAUAGGAAUAUCUUAUUUUAUCUGCUGUGUGAAUUCAAUUUGUAAAGGAGGGUAGGAAAGAAUGUCCUGUGUAUGUUUUUGUAAAAAUUGAAUUUUAAGUUAUGCAAAAUUUAUUUAUAAACCUGAUAUUGCCUUAAGUGUGCUUUUCUGCUGAACCAAAGCAUCAGCGUGCACUGUAAUGGUGUAAGUUAUCACAUUAAGACAUAUCAUGAAGAGUUCUGUUGUAAAGGAUGGUCUGAUAUUUGCUGAAGUGGAAAAUUCAAGUUCAGAAAGUCCAUCCCAGUAUUUUGUUUCAGUCAAAAUAGGAUUUGUUCAUUAGCACAGUUCUUCAGCAAAGAGGUAUAACUAAUUAAUGCAAUCAACCAGCUGAGCUCAUGGGUGGAAGAAACUCAUAGCAGGACAUUUACUUUUUGACCCCUGGACUUUCUACUUCUUUCACAGCUUGUGAUUUGCGAUUUGUGUCCGUUUCUGAUGCAUUACUGUGAAUGACCUUAGACUGUGAUGAUAAUGGUGGAUAAUGGUGCGCUUAAGUGAAUGUAAUCUUGAUCUGUACUGUAAUUUUUGUUGGCUUUUUAGCAUCGCUGGUGUGAUGCUCAUACAUGGUAACAAAAAUAGAAUGCAUUUUGAAAAAGCUAUUAUUUAUUGAUUGCCUGUUAUAUUUUACUGGAGACAGCUUAAGUUGGAGAGUUGACAGUUCAGACAAUGUAUUUGCAAGUUUACAAGUAUAUGCUGUGGAGUUCAUUCUUUUCCUAGAAGGUGUUACAAACUUCUAGGUAAGGAACAUUCUCUGUGUGAAAAAUGUUUGCUUGUCAUGUAGCUAAAUUGACAUACAAUCUAAAUAAAUGUUUUUAUGAGUGUG